GCAUGCGCGGCAGCUCCAACGGCUGCGGCCGACGUCACGCCGCCGCGGUCACGGGGAGAGCGGGCACGCGCGCGGCUGACAUCAGAGGGGAAGGUUCUGGCGCCGGGCGCGGGGAGCCGGCGGCACCAUGAAGAUCUGGACCUCGGAGCAUGUCUUCAACCACCCAUGGGAAACUGUAUUUAAAGCUGCCAUGCAAAAGUACCCCAAUCCCAUGAACCCGUGCGUUGUAGGAGUAGAUGUCUUAGAUCGGCACGUUGAUGACCAAGGCAAAUUGCAUAGCCAGAGGCUGCUCAGUACAGAAUGGGGGCUACCAUCUGUUGUUAAAUCACUCAUCGGCGCAUCCAGGACACGGACGUAUGUGCAAGAGCACUCCGUCGUAGAUCCCGUGAAAAGGACCAUGGAGCUAAGAUCUGCAAAUAUAACGCUAACAAAUUUAGUAUCGGUAGAUGAGCGGCUGGAGUAUAAACCACACCCGCAGGAUCCUGAAAAGACCAUCCUUACCCAAGAAGCUAUAAUCAGUGUAAAAGGAGUGAGUCUAAGCAGUUACAUGGAAGGAGUAAUGGCAAACACCAUCUCCGCUAACGCAAAUAAAGGCCGAGAAGCUAUGGAGUGGGUAAUUCACAAGUUAAAUGCUGAAAUUGAAGAGUUGGCGGCAUCUGCACGAAGUAUAAAAAUUCCAAUGGCUGCGUCAUCAGUAGAAUAAUAGAUAAGAUUUGUACAGAAAUACAACGCCUGCCUCCGGGCUAUUUUCGCCUAUUGCUUCCCACUGUGCAUUUUUUCUCCUCAUUUGCUGGAGAUCCAGAUCUAAGCAGAGUAAAGCAGCUUGGAUUUGAUUGAUUUCCGUUCCUGUGGGGGGGGGGGGGGGGGGGCGCGCGACACGGUACUUGAGAACAGCUGUGAUUGUGCCCCUGCUGGACGUCUUGAAUUGGAGUAGGUGCACAGGGGGAGGCACUGGGUUUUAAUAUUAAUAUGUAAAGUGUAAUUUUGGCAGAAGAAUUGGGAGAUGGCAAGGACUUGGCGGUGGGGGAGCCUGUUAUAAGUAAGUCAGUGUUGUGGUCCAUAAGCCUACACAGAUUAAGGACCUGACCGUAUUGGGCCAGUUCUUUGAAUAGAUCAGAAAGCAAUAAUUUCCUAGUGGAUUAAUUGGCAAAGUGGAAAAAUGGCCAAGUUUCCAUUCCUGAUUUCUAUCCAGCUGCUCCCACUGGAAUACAUACGUUUGUGUGCAUUAUGUUCAACAAUCUACUGAGAGUUGUUACCUAGAAUCACAACUUCUAAAUUGUCAUGUGCACGUUGCAUUGGAUGGUGGCAAACACCUGGUGGUAACCCAGCACCCGGCAGCCUCGGGUAGGGGCUGAGGUACAGGACACGCCCUUCAAUUUGGAGAAGUAUUUGCAGUUUAUGCUUGGUGGAAACCCUGAGCUAACUUGGGAUUUUUUUUCCCCAAAGUGAUGAAACUUGAGGAAAAAUUUAUUUAAACCUCCCAUAUAUCUAACAGCUCAACUAUUAGUUCCAGUCACCAAGUUUUGCUGACUGUUUUAAACUUUACUAUGAAAAUUAAAUAGUUGUAACAGUUCUAUCACUCACCCCAAUAUGUUACAACUAAUGGGCACCUACUGUAGAAAGAUGUCCUUUUCAGAAGGAUCAGUGCAUUUAUAUGAUGAUAGGAAGUCCCUGUAGGGAGCCCAAGGGUAUUCCCAAAGUCCAAAUAUAAACUUUGCAAUCAUGGUUUUGUAGAGUAUCACAAUUUUUGUGAAUCUCUGGUUCACACAUUUUUGAAAAUCUAUUUGUUUUGUCAGUGUUUAUUACUUGACCUUGAGAGAACUAAACCAUGUAGUUGCCAUAGAUUUUCUAUAUUGAGAUGUUAACAUUCCUAAAGCCUGAUAUUACUGGAAUUUUUCUGUAUGUUGAGGUACUAGGCUCCAGUUUUUUUUUUGAAAGAGAAGCAAUAACAAACUUCCCCUUUUAAUUUUGGUCUUCAUAGGAACACCCUCUGAUCCAGCAGUAAAUUAGUCCAAGGAAAUGGACUGUCCUUCCCCAGUUUGCAUUAUGUUUUAAAUUGUGGGGCCUUAGAAUAACUCUUGCACAUCAUUGACUGUCUCAGACUCCUGGUGUUAUGGCCGUUAAGGACAGUAUUGCUGGCUGAAUAUCUAGAAUGACCCUGUAGUCACUAGCUGAAACAAGAAAACAUAUUUUGUUCCAUGGUCCCAAUUCAAAUCGGUGAGUUUUAAAUGUGAAAAUUCCGGGAUCAGGCUGUGUGGAAAGGUGAGCCCUUUGCACUAUAAAGGCUAAAGGUGACACUUGAUAACUUCUAGACCUGAAUUGUGUUCUUUGUAAUUUGUUUCACUUCAAACGUGCUUUGAAUUUUAAAAGCAGUUACAAGUUUAAAAUUUAGAUUUCAUUUGCUGUUUGCAAGGUUCUGGUUCUAAGGCGAUUGUAAUCAUUUGCAGAAUUGUUUGGUGAAGUGAGCUUGGGAUAGUUGGGAACAAGUUCGUCUUUGGAUCAGGUGGUCCUAAGAGGAAUGAGUCCCACCCCUGCAUUGAUCAUCAGCAAAACAGCUUUCUUUUUUUUAAAAAAAAGCUUUACGUGCUAUUCAGUCAUGAAGGACCUUGAAAGUAUUUGACAAAGAGGAGGAGGUUUUCCCACUGUCUUGGCUACAUGUCUUCCCUUAAACCCUCACUUGUAAUUUGGGGGACCUUGCUAUGUGCAGUUUGCACAAUUUCCGACACAAGUCACUCCACGGUAAUUGAACUGUUUGAGAAGCUACUGAAUACAACCCUUUCUUUAAUAUUAGAAUUUCUAAAUCUGAACUACAGGGCAGUUUUAAGUUUGAGAAUCCUAUCUGAACUGCCUGAAGACUUGUCCUGUGUGAGCUCUCCUUUUGAAACUUCCUGAAGUGAUCUUGCUGAUCUACUCUAUAUAACCACUGUGGCACAGAGGUUUUAGCACCAACUGAUCCAUUGACUAUUAAAUGACGUUCUGUUUACUCCAAGGGACUCGGUUCUACUCAAUCUCCAUUAUGUUUGCAGGGAGUGCAAGCUCAGCUGUGGUACUGAUCUAUUUUGGUGGAACAAAGGUUGGCAGUAUAAUAUGGGAUGUCUGUGUUGCCAAUGUUUUGUUCCAGUACACUGAUGGAAACUUCAAUAUCUGACGCAGAGACCUAAAUGCAGCAGCAGCGUGCAGGGUACUUAGAGUAAUUGCUGCUCCAUGCGGGAUAAGUUACACAUCUAGCCAAACCUCAAUUCUUUUCUAUAAAUAACACUUUGUUAAUGUUAACUACGUUGAGGAUUUGAUGUGGAAUUUUGCACUGGGUAGAGUGGAGCUGCACACCUGGUUAAUAUAAAUAAUAAAAAAAAAUAAAGUUAGAAUUCUAUGUAAAAUUCCACUUUCAGAUGGUGAGUUUGUUACUCUGCUAUAGUUUGUAUGAUUCUACCGCUGAGAAAUCCCACUGUUGGGUAAGUGGAAGAGAAAGGUAGUUAAUAUUUAAGUCCACUAAAUUUCACAAGGACUUAUAAAAUAUCAUUGUGCCACCUCUGCACAGAUUUUAUUUGUUGCCAACAUGUUCUGUUUGUACUUCCAGUGUCUAUCACGUUGUUUUGAAUUUAUGGUCCCACCUAAAGUCAGGGGCAGUGCAGGACUGCCUGUGCUGUGUUUGAGAUGCUCUAGGGAUACCAAGGCUGAUAAUUUUCUGUGGGGGUUGGUGUUAUGAACAAGUUUAAAACAAAAUACAGGGUCAGAACUGGAAUCCAAGUUUUGGAGCAGCCAAGCAUCCCUAACUGCUCAUACCAUGAAAGGUAGGGUUCAGAAAGAAAUAGAUUUAUUUAGGGUCACACAAUAUUGUGAUGAGAGUAAAAGGUGUGAUUGGUAAGUGGGGCAUUUUUAGUGAGUUUUGGUUGGGACUAUUUGGUUUUGUUGUGAUACAAUGAACAUUGGUCUCUAGUCCACUCUGUAUCUACUUGUGUUCCUGUGCUCCUUUCGACACAAUGACCUGUGAUCUGGAACUUUUUACAACAAUGAAAAGACACAAAUGGAUUUUGUAUGUUGCUGGUAACAUGUAUUUAAUGUUUUGCUCGGUGAAGACUUGUUAACUUAAUGUGACCCAACAGGAAAAAAAAAGUUGAAUUAGGUUUGUUCAAUUGAAUCAUAAUGCAGUGUUUUAGUUUUUUAAAAUUUAUUUUCCUGUGUAAUACCUGUUAACUUGCAUAUCCAUGAAGGAUUUUUUGUAUGGAAUAUUUAUUUUAAUAGCACUGAACUAUAUUUCAAACUUCAGCCAAGUUGUUUAUCAUUUUUAACAAAACUGCUGUCAAUAAAAUUCUUAAAAUAUUGUAUCUAAA